AACUUGGAAACGAUUAACCAUAAUAGUAAUGUUAAAUAAUACACAUUGGCUGUUAAAAUAAUAUAUUAUAUGUCUGUUUCCUCCCAUUUUAGUAUAUUGUGAUGGUUAUGACGUUUUGUUUUUUCUUAUAAUUAUUAGUUGGAGGUAUCUACAGUAUCUUCUACCUAGCCUAGCUUUUAGUUAGUAGUGAUGCGAACUUUGGCUCUUUUUAGUGACUCAUCUUUUUGACUCGUUCAGUCAAAAGAACGACUCAUUUCGUUAGUGUACAUCUCUGGAGCCACCGAGCCGAAUGAGCGCUUAUUAAUUCUUCUGCAGUCAUUGCUGCCAGCAGGUCAAUCGAACGACAAAAAUGAACUAAAACGGAACGAGAGAGCAUGAAGAUGACAUGGCGUAAUGAAAUACCCGAUGUGUACGGGGCAUCAGGGAUGAGCAAACAAAUCGUGAUAGCCACACACAGAGACCUGCGUUUCGAGGUUUGUCCCUGCGACCAGCAGUCUAGUCAUUUUUGGUGUUAGUGGACCAGGACAGGACCACCAUGCAGCAGCACCCACCAGGGGCAGGAGGGUGCUUCUUGGGUAUGCUGUCCCCUGGCCAUGGGGCAAGAAAGCUGGAAGGGAAAUCUUUCUACCUGGACGCUGUGAAGAGUCGCCCUGCGGCCUUUCUUGCGGAGGCCAUAUCCCGUCUCGGAGGGAGAAUUGAGAGUUUCCUGAAUAAGGAUGUCAGCUUUGUUGUGACUGGGAGCCGAGAGGGACUCCGAGGCGAGAGUUUCGUAGUGACCCGAGGUGGGUCAGACGGGAUGACCGGGGAGUGUCACAGCUCUCCCCGCUCCACCAAACCGAGAGAGAGCAUCAUGACCAGCACCAGGCAGCAGCGUCCAUCCACUGGCACUCCCAGACCAAUGGUGUGUGGCAGCCGCGGGAAGGCCCUGCUAGAGAAAGCCAUUAGGAAUAAUGAACGGCUUCAGGGGAACAGUGUUUUGGCCAAUGCCCGCUCCUGGGGAGUCAAGAUAGUGCACGUGGACGAUCUCCUGACGCAUGUCCAACUGUUGACAGCGGAGAGCUCCAAGGCCAAACGCAGGAAAACUGAGGUAAUGUGGUACACCAACCUGUUAGACCUCGUCUAUCCUAAUUUAUUAUUUUACACUGAGGACUGGCAAAUUAAUGUAUUUUAUAAAGAAAGAGAUUGGACCUCUGUCUGCACCAGAAGCAUGGUUAGGCCUAAAUGUUACUUUUGUCAUUUGCUUGUUUGAAAUGCUUGCAUUAAUAAAGGGCUGAUGUUAACCUUUUCCCAUUUUUUGGUUUAGCUGAAAAAUCCAAAGUAUCCUGCUGUGUCUCGUGUCAUCAAAGGUCAUUGAAUGUCAACUAUUUUAUUAUUUUCGACUAUGGAAAUGUGCUGUGGUGUCUUGUAACUCCAUUGACUUUCAUGCUAUUGAUGCUAUAUUUUUUUUCCUGCAUUCUCUUUCUCCCUUGGUCCACAGCUGGUGCUUUGAAGUCCCCCUAUCUGAAGGUAGAGGAUUCAAGCAGGAAAUACAAGGCCCUGCACAUGCAGUCCAUGACCUUCCCCACUCUAUGCUACUCUGGCCGGUUCAGUCCUUUUGAGCCCCCUGCACCCCCCCAGCCUGAGAGAGUCAAGGAGCAGGAACAAAACAAAGCCAGACAGAUAAUUAAGAGUUUGAGUACAAGCCAGGACAAACCUCGAAGCCCUCUCCCACGCAACCCCUCACUUUGCCGGGCACGCAAAAAGAACCUGGGCUACUGCGAGUGCUGUCAUGAACCCUUUAAGGACCAGGAUGAGCACUUGCAGUCGGCUCAGCAUCGUGGCUUUGUGCAGGACCCCUCCCACUACAGCCUGGUGGACCAGCUGGUGGCUGACAUGGAGCCGGGCUUCGCCCCCUGUCCAGCCCCAGAGUCAGCAGCCACAACACUGCUCAGGUUGGAGACUCACCCACUUCUACUACAACUGCCCCACAGCCCCUCUGAGAUGCAGACGCACAGUGAGACAGAGCACGCCAUCCAGGCUCUGCUUACCCAAGGCUCACCGAUCAACACCCUGGACCCAGAUCCAAGCCCUCCCACUCCGAGCCUAGUCCCCCUGUCAUCCCAUGCCCAGCCUCUCUCCCCCUGCCCUGACACCCUCAGCCUACUCCUCCUGCCAUCCCUCCCCCAGCCUCUCUCCUCCUGCCCUGACAACCACCCUCCCUCCCCUGACACCCUUUGUCAGUCCCCCACCCUAGCCCCCCUACCAAACCACUCCCAGCCCCUCUCCCCCUUCCCCAACACCCAAUGCCAGCCCCCCAGCCCCUACUCCCAGCCUCCCACCCCUAACUUAUCCCCCAUAUCAUCUAACCCCCAACUACUCUUCCCUUGCCCUGACACCCUAUGCCAGCCCCCCAGUCCCUACUCCCAUCCUCCUGUCCUCAGCCCUAAAACCAUGUUUCCCUUUGAGCCCAUGUCCCAACCCGACAGCCCCUACUCUCAGCCCCCAGUCCUCAGCCCCCAGGUCCUGCUUCAGUCCCCCACUCCUCACCAUCCCACAGAGGAGGAAGAUAUGGAGAUUGACAGCCAUCUGUCAGCAUCCGCAGAGGUGGAACCAGUCCCUCAGACUGUCCCAGUUCGGUCUCGCUCCCUUCCUCGGCUCUGGAUCACUGCAGCGAACCAGAAGAAACGCAGCCGAUCAGUCAGUCCUGACACCAAGGCCAGCAAGAGGAGAAGGACCUCCCUGGCCAACCGUCACAAAUCAAAACCCAUCUGGGGCUUCAACAGUGCUGGAUGGACAAGGAAGGAACACCAGCCCUUAGUCCCAUCCACAUAUACUGGCAAUGGACAUGAGCUUGUGGCUAAGGCCUGCUCCCUGCCCAAAGAACUAGGAACUGCAGAACAAAGACAAACCACAGAUCAGCUGGAAGUGAAGGGAAUAUCACUGGUGCCAACAAUAACACAAGAGAGAAUAAACAAAGUUGGGAGCGGUGUGGGCAUCCGAGCAGCCAACCACUGUCACUCUGUGUCCAUGUGUGGCCCGGACCAUGCAAUAUGUCCUUUGUUGAAGGUGGACAAGAUAACCAGUUGGCCUCCAGUGGAAGUGUUUGGUACAAACCGCCAUUCUUUUGCCACAUCCGCUCGCUCUUAUACAAGGAGCUUCGCAAGGCUUCCCGUGAAGUCCACAGGCAAUCCGUCAGGUCAUAUGGAUCAUUCCAUCUUCAUGGACGGGGGUGUUCUACAGCAGCACUCCACAGUGACUCCAAACAUCAGUGCUUCUUUCCCUCCCCAGCUUCUUCACCACCCUUCAGAUAGACCAACCCACUGCCCCGCCUCCAGCCAGGACUCCAACCCCUGCCACUCCCAGUCAGUCACCUCCAUCUGUAUCGAGUCUGCCCUGCUUCCCGACCUGGCCAUCCCCUCUGACUCGGACUCGGACUGGGAAUGCGAUCUCAUGUCCCGCCUCGGCCCCACUGCCGCCACCUCCGCCCCUUCCACCCUUUCCCUCGCGCAACCAGCGGGGAGCCACCACCAGCAGCUGGACUUGGAGCUACUACAGAGACCCUGCAGCACCUGGACGCUGCACGACACCAGCUAUGAGUCGCAUCUGUGCGCUGUGUUGCAGCAGCCCCUCACCCCGCCGCCGGACCCCUCUCUAGUGUUUUCCAGGACAGUAAUGCAAAGUCUAGAAGUGACUCAGCCCUGACUCGGGAAUGACGGAAGAAGGGUUGGUUACUUGACCCAUCGAAGUCCCAAUACACAAACUUUUUGACCUACGUGGUUUUACAUAUGAAGUCGUCAAACAAAGUGGACAGACAUAACAAACAUCGCAACUAAAUAACAUUGACGUUGAAGCUUGUAUUUGUCAGGCAUCUCCCCAAAACUCGACGGAUUAUUCAUGAUGUAUUACUGCAGAAUGCCGCAAUUACAUCCUUAUAACACUGACUUACGAGGACCUGAUGAGGAUCCUAUGGCCUUGUGUUUCUGGGCCCAUCCCUGAUCCAUUAAUAAUUAAAGCACCCAGGCCAUAUUUUGUCUCAUGCAGACUUUUGUCUUUCAGCAGCAAUCUCCGGGAACAAGCAACGGUAUUGAGAAUUUAAUGAGUCUCUGCUGGAGGGGGCAUUACUCAAUUAGUUUAAGUGCUGCGUCUGGAUCGGCUCCCAGUAGCGCCGGUGUUGAUGUUCAGAUGGGGUAAAGAGUUAAGUGAGUGAAGGACUCGACAGGACUCUGCAGUCCCGGCCAGAAACUCUGAUUAAUCCUGAAAGGGCUUCUUUGAAGGAGAUCCAACGAAAGGGACUGGAUGAGUGAAAGGGAUGUGGGGGCUUGCCACAGUGCACUCACCACUGAUGGGAUCUCCACCAUAUAUAUUCCUUUGACAACUGUUUCAUAAUAUUGUUUGCCGAUUAUAUAGUUCCAGACAUAUGAGGUGUGCUUGCAAGAACUGUUUUUUUCAGAGUUAAAAGGUUGGGACAAAAUGUCCCAAAAACUACUGAUAAGUGAAGUGGAUGUUUGCAACAUUUUUACCUCAUUGUGUUACUUUAAGCAUGUGUCUUUGUCCAAGUGCAACAAAAGACUGACUCCAGCUGAGUAUUUUAUUAUUUUUCUUCACUAAUUAUGUUGAAUAUGACAUUAUCUCAAACUGAAGAAUGGUUUUAUAAAAUGUGCUUUAUUUCUGAAAGGUUUGUCAGCGUUCAGCCUUUCACAACGUGAAUGCAUAAUGUCUCAUGUUGGUUUUAACAAAUGUUUAAAAUGUAAAUAUAUACAGUACCAGUCAAAGGUUUGGACACACUUACUCAAUCAAGGGUUUUUCUUUGUUUUUACUAUUUU